AUGUCCAACGGUAUCCUACGAGCAGAUGGCGCUCGCAUCGUCGACGCCAAUGGCGACGUCGUCAUCCUCCGAGGUACGUCCCUAGGCGGAUGGAUGCUCAUGGAGAACUUUAUGAACGGGUUCCCCGGCCGCGAGCACCAGAUCCGUGCUGCUCUCCUCAAGGUACUCGGCCGCGAAAAGGCAGACUUCUUCUUCGACAAGUUCCUCGAAUACUUUUUCACAGAGAAGGAUGCCGAAUUCCUCGUAUCGUUGGGCUUCAACUGUCUGCGAUUGCCUCUCAACUAUCACCAUUUCGAGGACGACAUGAAGCCCUUUGUAAUCAAGGAAGAAGGCUUCAAGCACGUGGACCGUGUUGUCGAGCUCUGCGCCAAGUAUGGGAUUUACACCAUCCUCGACAUUCACGCCCUGCCUGGCGGCCAGAACCAGGACUGGCAUUGCGACAACCCAACGGGCUACGCCGCCUUCUGGGACCACGUCCACUUCCAGGAUCGCGCAGUGAAUCUCUGGGAGCACAUCGCCAAGCGAUACCGUGGCAACCCCUGGGUCGCUGGAUACAACCCCAUGAACGAGCCCGCCGAUUCGGAGUGGACCCGUCUUCUCGCUUUUUAUGACCGCGUUGUGCCAGCGAUCCGCACGGUCGAUCCCGAGCACAUCCUAUUCAUGGAGGGAAACACCUUCAGCAUGGAUUUCACCGGCUUCGACAAAGUGUAUCCCAACUCGGUCUACGCGAUUCAUGACUACUGCGGCUUUGGCUUCCCCAACCGCAUCGGUCGAUACCAGGGACAUAAGGAGCAGGACCAGUACAUCCGCAAGAUGUAUGACCGCAAGGCGGCGUUCAUGAAGCAACAUAACGUGCCCAUCUGGAAUGGUGAGUUCGGGCCGAUUUACGAACGCAAAGAGUUCAAUCCAGACUGGGAGGUCCAUAAUGAGGAACGGUACAACGUCCUUGAUCGCCAGUUGGCCAUUUAUACUGCGGAUUCUAUCGCGUGGUCGAUCUGGUCCUACAAGGACAUCAACGUGAUGGGCAUGACGUACCUGUCCCCCGAAUCCGCCUGGCUCAAACUGCUCGGUCCCAUCAUCAAGAAGAAGCGUGACCUCGCGGUCGAUUCCUGGGCGUAUGAUGAUGCGCACCUCCAGGAAGGGCUUUUUGGCCCGCUGCACAAGUGGUUCGAGGACAACGUCCCCGAGAAGCACUCCAAGAAGUACCCCUGGCAGUGGCGUAUGCACAUGCACGUGUUCCGAGGCAUUCGCGGUAUCACCAUGGCCGAGUACAUGAUCCCCGAGUGGGCUGAGUACUUCAGGGGCAAGUCGUUCGAGGAGCUCGACGAUCUGGCGGCUAGCUGGAAGUAUGAGAACUGCAUGCAACGUGAGAAGCUGAACGAACUGUUGAGCCUCUACUCGCCGAUGCGUGCGGGGGACAAGCAGCUCGACAGUAAGGUCAUCGAGUCCGAUAAGGACGAGCAGCCGCAAGAUCUCGGCAAGGACAAGUCGGUAUCCGGCGUGGGCGUGUUUGAGCUGGCCCCGGAUGAGAAAAGGAAGGCCGCUGUGACAGAGGCGCCGAUAGCUGUAACAGCAUAG